AUGGCCGUGGUUCUCCUCGUCCUCACUCUUUGUCUGCAUCUGCCGUUCGUUCAAGGUCAUGCUAUCACACCUGCGGCUCGGUUACCUACCUACAGGGUCGACUACAAUGACACCCUCAAUGAGAUCCUCUUCGGGCAUCAGCCCAGGCUAGGCAAGCGCGACGUCACGGAUUGCGAUGGUGCGGGAGUCUUCACUUGUCCGAUCGGCACUUGCUAUGCUGGAAGCGAUGGAUUUAUCGGAUGUUGCUCUUUGUCGAGCUGUGCAGCGCGGACAACAUGCAUCGACUACAAUCCCAGAUCGAAGGCUGAUUGCGACCCGGAUACUGGAGGAUGCGUCGUCUGCUCCAAGCCCGAGCUUCCGUUUUGCGCCACCAUCUUCAAUCAACUUAGCGACCAGUUUAUAAUGUUCUGCGCGACGACUAGCACCAUGGAAUAUACGCAAUAUGCAGUUGUAAACUCUGACUUGCCAUCUCUGUCUACAGCACUUCCACCAGAGACAACGGACUCCAGCACUACUGCCUUCGGGACCAAAACCGUUGCCUCGGUUGCCCCUAGCACACGAAUCUUUACGACGGUCAUAACAGAGGCGGUACCAGAUGAUUCUGAAACAUCGACGGUAGUUACAAUCACUGAAACCUCAGUAGAUGUUGCAUCAGCGUCAGCUUCAGCUGCGCCCUCAGAUGUGUUUUUUGGCAGUGGGGAGGAUUCCGACAACAAUGGCUUGAAGCUUUCUACUGGCGCCAUUAUAGGGAUAGCCAUUGGCGGUCUAGUUGCUCUCGCUAGUAUUGCAGCUCUGACAUGGUUCUGUGUCAAGCACCAGGGCAACCGAAACCAGCACGACAACGCCUCCAACUCAUCCCCGCCCCUUUGGCAAGGUCCAACCUCCGGGCCCUACGGCGAGGUAACGCAGCAGGUCAACGUCGCCGAGCUCGAGGAUACAAGUCCCGCACCCACACAGAACGAAUGGAACAUCACGCCAGAGCUAGACUCGGCAUCCGUGUCGCCUGCGAUCCCUUCGGCUCCUUUCACGUCAGAACACAAGUACCAUCCAGCUUCUUUGACACCAGGAGCGUCCGUCUCUGCGCCAUCGACUCUGUAGGAUAUAAGGUAAUGACAUGGUCCAUGGGGACUGGGGUUCAGCUGAAAGGGAUGGCGUAGCGUCGAGUUCUGGGGUCUCGGAUGCAGUGAAAGUCGGAAAGGGGGGAACUGGAUUACGCU